AUGGUCACCGCGCCAGUAUCCAAAUACAUUGCUCCAUUGAGUAAGAAGAACGGCAUGUUGUUGGCUUUGAAGUAUUGCGGUUGUAUGGCACUUGACCAUGAGUUUGUACGAAAUUGUAUAAAGUGUGGUCGUAUCAUAUGUACACAAGAAGACGACAGGAUCUGUCCAGAGUGCGGAUUUGGAGGAAAUCUGAAGGAGGAUAAGGCAGAGAUGAAUCGAUAUAAGGAAUUGGACGGGUAUGAGGAAGCGUGUGAACUGCGUGAUCGGCUCUUACAGUUCGAUAUGGAAAGUGUUAAGCGCACACGUGUGUAUGAUAUGGAAACCGAUUUUUACUCGGAAAGAUACAACCCAUGGGCUACCGCUCAGGAACGGGCAUUUGCAACAAAGCAAGAUGAAGAAGAAGAAAGUUUUUCCAAAGAUCCCAACAAACUUCUUGGUGAGCUAAAUAUCGAUCUACAAAACAUGAAGCUGACCAUGACCAAUGCCCAACAAGCAUUUGUAGACGCGCAAACCACGGUGCUGGAAAGAUUCUUGAACGAAGAACCAGGAAGACUCCAAGACAUAUCCUUCCCGUCGUCCUCGGAUAAAUCCGGCGCUCUUACCGCUUUAAUAGGCUCGCCCGUUCAGUCGAAAGUGGGUCAGUCGAAAGAUAAUGGUCAGUCGAAAGAUAAUGGUCAGUCGAAAGAUAAUGGUCAGUCAAGAAGUGUGCCCGUCAGGGACUCUGAAGCAGAAGAGCUGGUGGCGGAUGUAAUAAAUAAUCAAAAUGAUUCAGUACAGGUACUAAGUAAAACUCAGAUUGGAAUCAAGGACCGCAAGUAUGCCACCAAUCUUCAAGACGAUGAUCUUGUAGAUGGUGCAUCUGACCUGGAAGGUAACGACGGGGUGGGUCCAGUUCUGGCACCGGUGAUGUGUCGGGUGUUGGAAGAAGACACAGAAUUCGUAACCCCGGCUUUUGCGGAAGAAACGGACGAAGGGAUCUGUUUGACCUUACAUCAGCCGUGGGCGUCUUUGAUCGUUUACGGGUUUAAGCGUCUGGAAGGGCGAGUAUGGAAUACCAAUUAUCGAGGACGAAUUUGGAUCCAUGCAGGGACUCAAGAAAUCUCCGACGACGUUAUCCAACAGAUUGAGGGCUAUUACAGGACACUGUAUGGCGGCAGCCACUGUGAUGAGUGUCAUGACAGGAACUCAUGUGCCGGUGCCAUGAGCUGGAUGAACUUCCCUCCGAGCUAUCCCACACGCUGUCUAGUCGGUCAUGCGGACUUGAUUGACGUCAUAGAGAAUGAUGAAGAUAAACUGCGAUUUAACUGGGUACUAGAACAGAACGAUUCCCCGUACAUGUUCGUUCUCAAAAACCCUCGUAGGCUCAUCACACCAAUCGCCAUGCCAGGCCAACAUAAAUUCUGGAAGCUGCACCGACCGCAAGUGUAUUACCGAAACAGGACGUCUACAACGUACCCGAAAGUCUACCGAACUAUCGAAGAUGACAAGCUAGUAGAUCGUAAGGCACUCGAUGCACAACUGGAGGGAGAAGACGACGGCCAAGCGGCAUUGGUUCUCCAUACGAAAUCUCAGUACGAAGGAGUUCGAGAAAUAUUGCUGGCAGAAAUUCCCAAAGUAUUCCUGGACUCUAUAACCCUGAGUCGAGGCUACAGGGAACACCUCAGAUACGACAUCGUUAAGAUACGAAAUGGCCUCGAACCGGCGGAUCUCAAACUAGCCUUAGCAGCAGCGGUCACUUCCGUUGAACAAAGCCAAAUAUCUAAAGACCUGAGUACUGAGGGGAGCAACAUUCGUAAACAGGGUAAUACUGGAAUAAGUACACCGGCACUCCUUACCUACAUUCGCGAAAAACAAUUGAACGCCUGCCAGCAGCAGCUUGUCAGCUCCAGCACCUGCCAAUACUUCAUCUCAAGGUCCAUCCACGUAAUUUUACAACAACUCUUCGACGCAGCUUGGAGUCAGCUAGCGGGAGCAGGCAAAACCGGGUUCAGCGUCGGCGGACCACAUUUACCACCCGUGGACUUGAUGGAAUUAGUUGUAACCAGUUCUGAAGAGCACUGCCAGUUCCUUUCUCCUAUUAAUUCCCUUGGAAAUCCAAUUCUUAUCGCGACCUUUAGCGGCGUCAUCAAGUUUGGCCCUGAAGAAAUCGUUACUUCCGCUGGAGACGUUCUCUGGAUCCCCAACCCGUCGAACAUGGGUACCAUGACAAUCCUCAAGACGUCUUUGAGCCUGGAAGGUAUGUCUCCAAAUAACGCGCGCACAAACACAUUAGAGCACACGUGUGUGCACAUAAAUUCGCUGGCUCUUUAG